AAUGGCUUCCUCUCAGGUUGAAAUGGCUUCGUGUGCACCAUUUGGUUGUGUUUUGAGGGAUCACAACCGGCGAGAUCGAUGCAGAGCAGAGAGUAAUGCCAGAGCCACGCAAACAGCAUUGCAAAAGAACUUGAAGAACUUGGUCAGAAACCACCUCCAGACUUGCGUUUCAAUCCCUCCUGAAACCUCACAGAACCAACAACAAAUCAACGAUCCAGAUUCUUCAUGGAUUGGCAACAAUGAAGAGGAAAUACAAAAUCCCAACAAGUGUUUGGAUAAUAAUGGUAACAGGAUUCUUCAACGGAUUCUCGGAAGGUCGGGUGCAAGAGAUGCUAAAGAAAUGGUGCCGACCAUUGAAGCACCACAAACAAACGACGUCGACACCUUGGGGUUGGCAAAUUCGGCAACUUCAUCACCAGGGCCAUCAACUUCUAGGAGAGAAGAUAACAAUGUUCUGGUUAGAUCAGAUAGUCUCGGUGAAAUCUCAAGCCUUAGGGCUUCUUCUCUUGUACAAAUAUGGGAGAGAAGGCUAAGCAAGUCUCAUAGUAUGAACUCCAAUGCAAGCAGGUGUGAUUCUGGCACUAGUUGUAAUGAGAUUGCAUCCUCUGCAGCUUCAUCUGUUGAUGAAAGAUUCGAUGUUUGCCCCGCGACUGAGGAUUCUUUUUCGGCUUGGAAUGGCGAAAGGAAUGCCCAAAGCGAUCAAACAUGUUGUUCUUCGUCUCAAGAACAAAGUCUGGAUUCAGGAGAAAGUGAAAGGGUAAGAGUUGCAGAUAUUAUUAGGAGAUUCACAGCUGCUAAUCAGGUACAGAGUUCAUUAUCUUCUUUGAGUGAUGAUAAUUAUGACAAUGAGCAUUACUCUAGCACCAAUGCAUCACCGUCUGGUGAGCACGAACGUUCCUCUACUCCGGAUCAAUUAGAGCACAGAGGCUGUUCUCCUGUUAGAUAUUCACCUCGGAUCAGAGGGAGACAGGCUUUUAAUGAUUUGCCUAUGCAAAUAGAGCGUGACAGGCAUGGAGAGCUUGAAAAAUUGGUCGAUCGCAGACUGGUUUCGAGAUUCCCACAAAAAGAUCAAAUUCAGUCUUUAUUGCGGCAUAGAUUGGAACAGAGCGGUAUUGCAAUUCACCCACAAUCAAGAUCAUCUCAAUUCAAUAAACAACCACAAAGUUCUACCAUCAUGCAUUUGAGAGAGCAAUUCGAUAAUGGUUUCGAUCAGCACAGUGCAAAAGCUCACAGUGAUAAUCAGGCUGAUUCAAGAAGGCCUCGAAGGGAGAUAGCAAACGACACCAUAGAUUCGGACAAUUCUUCCAUCCCCAUUACACCUAAUGAAGGUGCACACAAUCAUGAAGCUAAUUGCACUGAGCAGCAAAGUCCAGUGCUUGAACAAAAUUCAUUGUCAUAUGCAAGUGAAGAUCUUCAAGAAAAUUUGAAUCCAAGUUCUGAUGUUACAUGGCAAGGAACAAUUUCAGAGACCGGAAACCUUGAGUCGCAAAAAACAACAGAUUCAACCACGUUGUUUGAUGGUUGGUAUACAAAUGAUGCAGCAGAAGAAGUCUGCAAUUCAGAGAAUGAGAUGUGUCGGUUACGCGAAAGAAGAACAGUAUCAAAUAUUCUUUGCAGUUCCUUUAGAGACAGAAUCGACAGAUUAAUGGUGACUCACUUAGAAAGACAAGUACGUCAAGAAAAUGAAGAAGAAGAUGAGGAACAAAACCAUGAACAAUUGAUGACUUUCCUGCAAAGGCGCGUGCAUCUAGCAGAAACUCAACAACAACAUCAACAAGAAUUGGAGGAGGAGGAGGAACAAGAACAACAGCAACAACAACAUCUACAAGAGGACGAGGAGGAGGAGAAUGAUGAGGAAGAGGAAGAGGAAGAAGAACAAGAACAGGAAGGAGAAAUCGUAAUUAGUGGUAAAUAUCAAAAGGGCAGUGAUUAUAUUAACCAAUCCACUUCUUCACUGCAAAUCCCUCCAUCAUCUCUACUUGGUUCAUGGGGAUACCAGGACAAUGAAGUGGGUGAUGAGUCUGAUCUGGCUACAUCCACAUCUCCAACUCCAUCUCCACACCAACAUUUACCUUCUCAAACUUACUAUCAUGGUACUACGCAAUGCUCUCCGGCCAGAAUUACUUCUUCAAUUGAACUGGAAGCGAUAUACGAUUUGAGAAGGCAUAUGGAGCAACUGUCUCAUGAAAUGUCUGAGCUGAGAAAAUCAAUGAAGGUUUGCAUGGACAUGCAGAUGACCAUGCAACAAUCCAUUAAACAGGAAGUUAAUUCAGCUCAAGGAGAAGGAACAUCACGUGAAGGGGCACCAAAGAAAGGCAAUUGUUGUAUAUGCUGCGAGGUGAAAGUUGACUCACUUUUGUAUAGAUGUGGGCAUAUGUGCACUUGUCUAAAGUGUGCACAUGAGUUGCAACGGAGCAGUGGAAAAUGCCCAAUUUGUGGAGCUCCAAUAGUGGAUGUUGUGCGGGCCUAUAUGGAUACAAAUUAUCCCUCCAUCGAAUCCAGGGAGCGAUUCGAUAAUGGUUUCGAUCAGCAAGGUGCAACAGCUCACAGUGAUAAUCAGACUGAUUCAAGAAGCCCUCAAAGGGAGAUAGCAAAUGACACCAUAGAUUCGGACAAUUCUUCCAUCCCCAUUACACCUAAUGAAGGUGCACACAUUCAUGAAGCUAAUUGCACUGAGCAGCAAAGUCCAGUGCUUGAACAAAAUUCAUUGUCGUAUGCAAGUGAAGAUCUUCAAGAAAAUUUGAAUCCAAGUUCUGAUGUUAUACGGCAAGGAACAAUUUCAGAGACCGGAAACGUUGAGUCGCAAGAAACAACAGAUUCAACCACGUUGUCUGAUGGUUGGGAUACAAAUGAUGCAGUAGAAGAAGUCGAAGACAAUUACCAGCAAUAUUCAGAAACCAACUAUGAUUGGAUUAGUGAUAUCUCACGUCCAAGGAGCCACUGGGAAGAUCGUAGGAAAGCAUGGUACCAAAAGAUGCUUAACUGCAAUUCAGAGAAUGAGAUAUGUCGGUUACUCGAAAGAAGAACAGUAUCAAAUAUUCUUUGCAGUUCCUUUAGAGACAGAAUCGACAGAUUAAUGGUGACUCACUUAGAAAGACAAGUACGUCAAGAAAAUGAAGAAGAAGAUGAGGAACAAAACCAUGAACAAUUGAUGACUUUCCUGCAAAGGCGCGUGCAUCUAGCAGAAACUCAACAACAACAUCAACAAGAAUUGGAGGAGGAGGAGGAACAAGAACAACAGCAACAACAACAUCUACAAGAGGACGAGGAGGAGGAGAAUGAUGAGGAAGAGGAAGAGGAAGAAGAACAAGAACAGGAAGGAGAAAUCGUAAUUAGUGGUCAAUAUCAAAAGGGCAGUGAUUAUAUUAAUCAAUCCACUUCUUCACUGCAAAUCCCUCCAUCAUCUCUACUUGGUUCAUGGGGAUACCAGGACAAUGAAGUGGGUGAUGAGUCUGAUCUGGCUACAUCCACAUCUCCAACUCCAUCUCCACACCAACAUUUACCUUCUCAAUCUUACAUUCAUGGUACUACGCAAUGCUCUCCGGCCAGAAUUACUUCUUCAAUUGAACUGGAAGCGAUAUACGAUUUGAGAAGGCAUAUGGAGCAACUGUCUCAUGAAAUGUCUGAGCUGAGAAAAUCAAUAAAUGUUUGCAUGGACAUGCAGACGACCAUGCAACAAUCCAUUAAACAGGAAGUUAAUUCAGUUCAAGGAGAAGGAACAUCACGUGAAGGGGCACCAAAGAAAGGCAAUUGUUGUAUAUGCUACGAGGUGUUCACUUUUGUAUGUGGGCAUAUGUGCACUUGUCUAAAGUGUGCACAUGAGUUGCAAUGGAGCAGUGGAAAAUGCCCAAUUUGUGGAGCUCCAAUAGUGGAUGUUGUGCGGGCCUAUAAGGAUACAUAGAAGACAAAUUUUGAACGAGUUCUUGCACUAGAGGACCGUCUGCUUUUUAUUAAGAAAAUAUUAGAGUGAAGCGCAUACAUAUUCAAGGAGAAAAAAGAAGUUUAAUUUGUUUGUUAACAUCAUAUAUAUAAGUCUACUUUGCUAUAUACAUGACUUCUUUUUGUGCAUGUCUAAUCGGUAUUACAACCAUCAGAAAUGGUUUCUCUUUUCUGCACACAUAUAUGUUUUUGUAAUGUGUUUUUUGAAGAGAAACCCACAUUAGCAAGCCCGGUUAUUCUCUAUUUAUAUAGUUUGAGAAAAGACAA